AGUAAACAUUUUCAAUAUAAAAAGAAUCUUAUCAUUAAUCGCAAUUGUUUUUCUGUUUUUGCUUAUCUCUGAUUAGUCUUAUUACGGCUGUAGGCAGACUAAUUUCAAAACGCAAUCAGCCAUAUCUCCUUGCAAUAAGCUAAUAACUAUCCCGUUGCGAAACGCAUUUUGAUACUUUGAGUUAUUUUCGUGUUUAAUUUUUUUUAUCGGUUUACCGUGCGGAAAUGCGCGUAAAAGUUGUACCAGUUGUAGUGGGCUACUGAUAAGGUUGACAUGUGGUGGAGUUUGUUUGAAUUAAAAUGUCUUCAUUGUUGUGUGACCGGUUCGAUAGUAACAAAUCGAUAAAAAUGUCGACGGAGGCGGAAAUAAACAGUAUGCAACAGGGUAGCAUCCAGCAACUUUUGCCUGAUAUUGCUACCCUAAGUUUACUUCACAGAACCCAAGGGAUUAACUCCCAUCACACUACAAUGCAAAAUAUACAGACCAACUCAGCUGGCACAUCAGCGACUGCUUUGGGCACAACAACUACAGCUGUGGCCUUACCGGGGACUGGAGGAAGUGCAUUGCCUCCCCCUCCUGAUCCACCGCAUUUUCAAUGUCCCCGACGUCCCAACUUGGGACGGGAAGGCCGUCCCAUAGUCCUCAAAGCAAACCACUUCCAAAUAACUAUGCCAAGGGGCUAUGUGCAUCACUAUGAUGUGACAAUCCAGCCAGAUAAAUGUCCUCGGAAGGUAAACAGAGAAAUUAUAGAGACUAUGGUUCAUGCUUAUAGUAAAAUAUUUGGUAACCUAAAACCAGUAUUUGACGGCAGAAACAAUUUGUAUACUAGAGAUCCGUUACCCAUUGGAAAUUCUCGUGAAGAGUUGGAAGUCACCCUCCCGGGAGAGGGCAAAGACAGAAUUUUCAGAGUAACAAUAAAAUGGGUGGCUCAGGUAUCUCUCUAUGGUUUAGAAGAGGCUCUAGAAGGUAGAACGAGACAAAUACCUUACGAAGCAAUUUUAGCCCUAGAUGUGGUAAUGCGACAUUUACCUUCUAUGAGCUACACCCCUGUGGGGAGAAGCUUUUUUAGUAGCCCAGAAGGAUAUUAUCAUCCUUUAGGAGGAGGAAGGGAAGUCUGGUUUGGUUUUCAUCAGUCAGUAAGACCAAGCCAGUGGAAAAUGAUGCUCAAUAUUGACGUUUCUGCAACUGCAUUUUACAAAGCACAGCCUGUAAUCGAGUUUAUGUGCGAAGUAUUGGACAUUCGAGAUAUAAACGAGCAAAGAAAACCUUUAACUGAUAGUCAACGUGUUAAAUUUACGAAAGAGAUAAAAGGUUUGAAAAUUGAAAUAACACAUUGCGGUACAAUGCGAAGAAAAUACAGGGUGUGUAACGUUACAAGACGACCUGCACAGAUGCAAUCAUUCCCCCUCCAGUUGGAUAACGGACAAACUGUCGAAUGCACGGUAGCUAAAUAUUUUCUGGACAAGUACAAAAUGAAACUGAGAUAUCCACACCUUCCGUGUCUUCAAGUUGAAUACUCUCAGUAUCGUACGUACACAUAA